AUUUUCAUACCAGUGAAUAUAAUAGGCUACAAAAAGCUAUUCCUACAUCGCGUCGGGAAUAGAACUACGGGCACCAUUGGAUAAACAGGUCAGUAAUCGUGAAUAGGAUCCUCAAGCUCUCCAUCCAGCCAUGUGGUAGUCUACACAUCUUUACCCAGUUAUCAAUUAGCACACCACACCCCGGACCCACCCGGCCACCGCUCACUCCUCACCCGACUCAGCCUCAACACCAGUAUCCCAUAGACAGCAGCUGGUCUCAUGGCCCACCCCUAUGAACCCUGGUUACGGACAGCCCCCCCUGGUGGCAGCUCAGACGAGAUGAACGUUCCGUCAUGGUGGGACCUCCACACCGGGCCAGGGAGCUGGAUGGACCUGCAGGCGGGCCAGGGUGUGGGCUUACAGGCAGUUGGUCAGAGCUCCAUGGGACUGCAGUCCUCCCUGGGGCCUUACGGCUCUGAGCCCCAGCUGUGUACUCCUGCUCAGCUAGCCCAGCUGGCCCCAGCCUCACACUCAGCUCACUCACACCUCUUCCCCCAGGAUGGCUUUAAGAUGGAGCCACUGGGAGGACCUGAGCUCCUGCAGCAGGAGACGUAUUCCCUGGAGGAGCCACAGGAGGGUGCCGCCUCGGUCCGGCCCAAGCCCCAGCGCCGCUCUGCCUCCAGGGGCUCAGGCCAGUCUGUGUGCCGGUGCCCCAACUGUGUCCACGCCGAGCAGAUGGGCCAGAGCACUGACGACGACCGGAGGAAACACAUGCACAACUGCCACAUCCCGGGCUGUGGCAAGGCAUACGCCAAGACCUCCCACCUGAAGGCCCACCUGCGCUGGCACAGCGGGGACCGGCCCUUCGUCUGCAACUGGCUCUUCUGCGGCAAGCGCUUCACACGCUCCGACGAACUUCAGCGACACCUGCAGACGCACACCGGCGCCAAGAAGUUCAGCUGCACCAUGUGCCCCCGCGUGUUCAUGCGCAACGACCACCUGGCCAAGCACAUGCGCACGCACGAGUCUCCCUCCGGGCCAGGGGAGGAGAGGGUGUAUGGAGAGGGGGGCAGGAUGGGGAAGAGCUUUGACACACCUUCUCCUCAGCCCUCCCACGCCACUGCCUCUGACACAGAGGCACCCCUUAAGCAGCCGAAAUGUGAGAAAGACCCCUCUGGGACAGGACAGUCCAGCUAACUGUAUCCCGUCCACAUCUGGAAUGCUAUACCGAUAAUGUAUAGUCAGUAGGCUACUUUUAGCCCCUUUCUAUCAGACAGAGAAUCAAUCCAUAGUUUAUAAUACAUGUAGUCCAGUGGAGGUAGAAUCAUAGGGGGUUUUAUAUUAUAAAUUGAUAGUUUAUUUCUACCAGAUGCAUUGAACAACAUAAGGCAACAAAGGCCCAUCUGAUUUUCAGAAUGCAUCAUAUCACAUAUAACAGCACCAUACAGCAUAGACAGACAUAAAACCAAAGAGUCCAAAGCGAUUACCCAUAUGUUACAUCACCAACAGAGGACAAGCUGUCAAGUGCCUUGGUGGAAGGAUAUCCAUCUAAGGAAUCAAGGAAAAAUAUUUAGAUGUUCUCUUCCAUUUAAAUGGCAACCAAGUGGCAACCAAGCCAGAGCCAAAGCUUGCUAGCUGCUAGGACUUCCAUUGCUGCUACUACUAUUAUACCAUCCAUCCACAGAGACUUUGGGAACGAGUUAAACUGAAGAUGGUGCUUGAUGUGUUUACAGUAAAACUACUAGCUACUUGGAGAGAGAUUUACUUCCAGGAAGCCAUCAAACUCUCCAGUCUCCACUGCACAAAUCUAACUGAAUUUAAGGCAAUGGAAGUAGAGGGUUAGAAUGUGUUGGUAUGUUGUGUUGACUUCCUUUCCCCACCCUUUAACCUACCCCUUGACUUGCUGUGUAUAAUAUACUGUAUGUGAGUGUAUGAACAUGUCACUGGAAAAUUCCACACUGUAUUUUUGGUUUUGACCACGCACAAUGUUGGCGUCAACCUUUUGCCAAAGAGCACCACAGUAAGCACCACUAUAAUUCAGUUUGCUGCAGUAUGUGGGCGGUGCAAAUAAAAAUGACUGCAUUUGCUCUGUAGAUGGCAAAUUAAUUAAAAAUAUGGCACUAGAGGUGCAGAGAUGUCCCACUACAGCACAUUAUGGCAUGGAAUUCAUACCCCAUGUUUUAUGUCAAAAAUAUAUUUUCUGUUUAAUGUACAGUAAGGAGACAUGAUUUGUGUUAUCAAUGUAUUUCACUUAAAUGCACCGUAUGUAUCAUCAUGUUUAAAUGUCCCUCAACUGUGACUGAAAAGCACCGUUGCUCAUCUUUUGACACUCCUUAUCUCAGCUAUGCAGGUGUGAAUGUUACAUGAUGGCAGCAUAUCUCAUUCACAGGUAAUGUGUAAUUCCAUGGUCUUGUCCCUGAUAGUGUAUGAUCCACACAAUACCAAGUUCACACUUCACAGAACCUACUGUAGUAACACUUGAUAAGGAUUUCCUCGGACAAAAGACAGGCUGGAUACAUCACUACUCAUGAAAUGUACGCUAGACUGAAAUGUGAGCUGAACUGAAAUCCCUCAUUGAGAGGAACUUAGGUAAACCAUAUUUUGUGACACCAACAACUUCCAGGACAAGCAACAAUUCCUCCUCCAAAGUUGUUCAAGCAUAACGCCAAAAACAGAUAGAGUGGAAUUGUUUGGAAACCAUUUUGAUAUUAAUAGUCAGAAAUAAUAAUUUAUAUAUUGAUAGAAGAUGCACUUCGAUAAAGUUUUAGGAAUCCAGUCUAGACCUUUCUAAAUAGGCUUAGGCCUGUGUGUCGUGGUUUAGGCUUCUUAGCUUAUUGUGCUCACUGUAAAACAAAUUAGCCUUGUUAGGAAAGCAUUGUUGUAUUUUGAGUAGUGACUUAGUCAAAAUGUGCUUAAAAGGGUCUAAGCUGAGGUUUAGCUUAGAGAUCUCUCACUGAGGUGUUUAUUGUAGCCCCCAUUAGACAUAUCCCUAAAUAAAAUAAAAUCUAAUGGUU